GCUAUGGAAGAUCCCUUUGCCCGUGGUGUCUGUGAUGCUGUUGUGAUCACGUUGAGUACUGGAUAUGCUGUUGGUUGCCUUUCAGCUCUUCUUUUGAACACAAUUUUGCCAGCAGAUGACGAAGAGGAAAUCACCGAGGCAGAAGGUCAUGAUCUGCUUCAUAAGGCCACAAAAUCGGUCGAUGAUGCUGAGUCAGCUGAACCAAGCAGUGAUGAAAGUGAAGAACUUGCGGCAGUGGAACCUCAAGAAGGAUACUACACUUAUGAAGAAUUCAGCGCCUAGCUGGCUAAGUUGACUAUUGCAAUUUUUGGUGGAAAGCUUGUGGCUCCCUUUUCCUAUCCUCCGAUUCCACCAUCAUUUUGAUAUUUGUUUGAAGAAAAGAAAGUAAAAUUUUAAAAAGAAUCAUUUUGACCCCUG